UUCCGCGUAGGUGCUCGCUGUACUUCCGGUCAGCGAGGCCUCUUCCUCCGCCGCUUUGCCGGGUCUCCCUGCCCACUGCCCCUCGGGUCUUCCCGGAGUGGCGCCGGCAGCUCCGUGCGUGUCUCUCCGGAAGCCCGCGCUCGCUGCUCGCCUCGCCGCACCGCUUCGCCGAGGCUCGCGAGCCGGGAGGGGCUGGGCCCUGCCGCGCGCGUCGAGGCCCCCGCAGCUCCGUUGAGGCCACCGCGCUGCCGGGAUGCCGCGGCCGGGGUCGGCGCCGCGCUGGGCGGCCGCCGCGGGCCGUUGGGGUUGCAGGCUGCUUGCUCUACUGCUGCUCCUGCCGGCUCCGAGCGGCGGCUCCGAGAUCACCUUCGAGCUGCCCGAUAAUGCCAAGCAGUGCUUCUACGAGGACAUCACUCAGGGCACCAAGUGCACCCUGGAGUUCCAGGUGAUUACUGGUGGUCACUACGAUGUUGAUUGUCGAUUGGAAGAUCCUGAUGGUAAAGUGUUGUACAAGGAGAUGAAGAAACAGUAUGAUAGUUUCACCUUCACAGCCUCCAGAAAUGGGACGUACAAGUUUUGCUUCAGCAAUGAGUUUUCUACUUUCACACACAAAACAGUGUAUUUCGAUUUCCAAGUUGGAGAAGACCCACCUUUGUUUCCCAGUGAGAACCGAGUCAGUGCCCUUACCCAGAUGGAAUCCGCCUGCGUUUCCAUUCAUGAAGCUCUCAAGUCCGUCAUUGACUAUCAGACACAUUUCCGGCUCCGGGAAGCUCAAGGCCGAAGCCGAGCAGAGGAUCUGAAUACAAGAGUGGCCUAUUGGUCGGUGGGGGAAGCCCUCAUCCUUCUGGUGGUUAGCGUAGGGCAGGUGUUUCUUCUGAAGAGCUUUUUCUCAGAUAAAAGAACCACCACAACCCGCGUCGGAUCCUAACUACGCUUCGAGAUGCGCCAUUGCCACCGCAAUGUUACUCUCCUCAGUUAGGGACUGAAGAACUUAACAUUGGCAGCAUUCUAAAACCCUACUCAUACUUGUUGGGAAAGAGGUACAGUGCAUAUCCCCAUGGGGAGAGGACACCUUUUUUAUUUGUAAAGGUGGAAAAUUUUGGACCUUAAUGCAGCUAUUCAUAUGAAAUACCUAACACCAAUGAUCUACUUUUUCUUGGUUUAUAUGUACUCUUCCUACACUAACCUUUGGUAUUCAGAUUCCUUUUAGCCAUUUAAAAGUCCUUUUCUUAAUAGGUAGUUGAUACUUUAAAAUAAAAACUUAGGUUUAUUGUCUGUGUAUAUUACAGAGGAAGAAAACUGCCUUUUAAUUGUUUAUAGUGAAUAAAGUUGUGUUUUUAAGAAAACCAAAUGUGAUUAACUGUAGCCAAGCCCUAUUCUGCACUGCUUAAUUUUACGGGGGAAAAUAAUCUACCAUAGAACUUUUAGUUUAAUAGUGACACAAUUUUCAUUGCUAUAUCAUGAUAUAAUUUAUUUCUUGCUAGUUUGAAAAUGUACAGUUUUUUGGGUUGUUUUUUUUCUCCAUUCUAUGAUUUAUAACUAGCUAUAUUAUCUGUUUAAAAAUCAGACUGUUGUAACUGUUAGGAUAAAGAAUAAUAUGAGACACUAUGGUAUGGUAAGUAAAAUAGGAACAUUUUUAGUGAGUUCUCUGUCACUGCAUUCCUGGGCUUUUAUAAAGAAGAGAGGACCUGAGUCCUGUGAGCAUUCUGGUGAACUAGUUCUUGGUUGAGCCAUUGCCAGCGUAGGUCAGCAGUUGUGAGCUCGUGUCACAUAAGUGCCAUAUGUCUUAUCCUCACAGUGUAAUGCACUGCGUUCAUUUUUAUCUCUCUCCAUUUUGUCUUGUUUCUGCAGUCUAAUUAGCAGCUCUACAAUUAAACAUUUAGAAUGCUGUGAAUGUUUCCUAUGUAAAGAUGUUUAGAAUUGGUUUGUAUUGUUUGUGUCUUGUACCUUGUGUGGAUUAAGCUGAUUGAAAUGAGAUUUUGAUCCAAGUGUUCAGAAUAGAAUACACAAUGAUGGGAAAUUGUAUAGGUUAGAAAGCUUUUCUGCUUUUUCAAAAAUUAAAAAACCCAGCAGUUGCUUUUCAGCUGUGCCACUCUUCACCACAGGUAACAAGAGCUAUAAAUGAGUCUCCGGUUGUAGAGACUUUAACAUAUGACACCAUAGGAUAAUGACUGACUAGCAAUUCUAGUCACUUAACCAUUACUGACUAGAAGUUAACUAAGCCAUCUUAAAAUGCGCCCAGGGACAGGCGCAGGCACACAUACUUCUGCAUGCAAGAGCAAAAUGAAUUCAAGUUGUCUUGCUUACUAAUUUCAGAUGUCACAGUGUAGGAGUGAACAUGUUUUCAACCUUUUAGGAUUCUUGAAGACCAGAUCACUACUCCUUAGACGUUGACAAACAAAUUAAGAAGAGAAGUUUAAGAUUUUUCAGACUUACCAUUUGAGUUGUUGUAUUGAAGUCCUAUGGCUUUUUAAAUGUUCCAUCUACUUAGUUGUGAAUGUUUUAAGCACCAACGUUAAUGUGAUUGCUAAGCACGGGCAUAUGUAAAAUUCUAUGUCUCCUUGCCAGUAGACUCUGGAUACUUACACUGUAAUUAAAUGGAGUCAGGUAUAGAUUUUGCCAGGUUUGGCAGACACGAUGCCUGCAUUUAAUCUGUGCCUCUCAAAACGUCCUGAUAGUAAACUAUUACUAUAAAUCAUUUUUAAUGAGACUAUUGAGUCAAACUUGAAAUCACCAGUUACCCAGUGUCAGGAAUAGUAUGAAUUUAGCUUCAUCUCUCAGUAGCUGGCUAAAUUUUGACAGCUAUCUGUUCAUAAGAAAAUAGAUACCCACACAUAAAUGCUAUAUGAUGUUUUUCUUCCUCCUAUGACACGGUUCAUAGCUGGUCUUUUUUCUGUAAUUCUUACAUAAGUUGUUAAGGAGUUUGAAUUUCCCAAAUAUUUUUGUUUGGUCAUGACUCGAUACAUAUUUGAAUAUCAUAAUUGUAUAUAUUUUUAAAGUAGAAUAAAUAAUGGAAAGCAACUUGAUACACGAGUUUAUACUGAAAUUCAACUGGAUAAAGAUAUGUUUUACAAUAUUGCUUAGCUAAUAAUCUGAACAUUCUUUUAUCUAUUAAAAAGCAUAGUUUGUGGCUUACAACUUUUCCCCUGGGCUAAGUAGUCACCUUUGACAAUACAGUGGACUGAAAAGCAGGUUACUGAAAGGUUUCAUUUAUAUCUCUGAACUAUCCAUUUUUUUUGUUUGAAUUUCUAAAUGUAAAAUCUAUGUUUAAAUAGGAUAAAGCUGACUGUUGACUUUUGUUUUCAAAAAUUAGACAAAUUAAUAUAUAAAUAAUUCAAAGGAUUUUUGUUUACUUUGAAAAAGAAUUUUCUCUGAAUUAAAGAUGGUUCCACAGGAUUACAGCAAUCAGUUCCAUGUAAAAUAAAAAGAAAAAAAUUCAGCAAAUUGCCUUC